AUGCAGGCCCUUCUGUUUUGGCUGGUCCUAACAUUCUACUUGGUGGCCUUGGCUGGCAACAGCAUGAUAUUGAUCCUAACCAUUACCGAUUUGACCCUUCACACACCAAUGUACUUCUUCCUCCAGAACUUGUCCUUCUUGGAAAUUGGCUACACGUCAUCUGUCAUCCCUAAGAUGCUAGAGCAUUUACUGUCAGAGAAUCUCACCAUGUCCUUUGUGGGCUGCGGCAUUCAGAUGUAUUUCUUCAUUGUCUGUGGCAUCACAGAGUGUUGCCUUCUCUGUGUCAUGGCGUACGAUCGCUACAUCGCCAUAUGUAAACCCCUGCGAUAUUCAUGCAUCAUGAGCCCCGCAGAAUGCAUCCAGUUGGCUGCCAUCUCAUGGACCAUUGGUAUUUUGGUGGCUUUGGGGCAGUCUGUUUCAAUAUUUACUCUUCCUUUCUGCGGGCCUGGUAGAAUCAGCCAUUUCUUCUGCGACGUUUUACCAGUUUUGAGACUGGCCACUACAGACACCUUCAAGAAUGAAGUGGCAGUUGCCACAGUAACCGUAGUUUUUGUCCUGGUGCCUUUUUUUCUCAUCCUCCUGUCCUAUGUCCUCAUCAUCUCCACCAUCCUAAGGAUGCCUGUGGCCAAGAACAGGCACAAAGCAUUCUCCACCUGUUCCUCACAUCUCAUUGUUGUCUCACUGUUCUAUGGAACCAUCACUUUCAUCUACAUUAGACCUAAAUCAACCUAUUCCCUUGAUAGUGACAGGAUCCUUUCCCUCCUAUACACAGUAGUGACACCAACAUUUAACCCAAUCAUUUACAGUCUGAGGAAUAAAGAAAUAAGAACUGCUUUCAAGAAAUCAAUGAGCCCCCAGAUAUUUAAUUACUCAUCCCUGGUCAUUGGAAAAGCUCAGAAGAUCUCCUCUUCACAUCUGUGA